AUGGAACAGAAACGACGAAUACUGUUAGAAAAGAAAGCCUGUGUUCGAUGUUUAAAAGUAGGACAUUUUUCGAAAAAAUGUAGAGGGCGUUUGAAUUGUGUAUUGUGUUGUAAAUCCAAUGCUGUUUUGAUGUGUCCUGAUUUACCUAUUAACAAAGUUGAUACAUCGACCUCAGGUAUUAGCCGCUCGGAAGAAAAUAGAACUGAGGAUCAGACGCUUGCUAAUUUCAAUAAUACACAGGUUUUUUUACAAACUCUGCGAAUAAAUAUAAGAAGUGCACAAGGUACUAAACAAGUAAGGGCACUUAUUGACACUGGAUCGCAGAGAACAUAUAUUUUACAGCGUACCGCACAAGAAAUGGGUUUUUCUGCUAAGAGGACCGAAAAUAUCGUACAUACAUUAUUUGGCGGUAAAAGUACUUCUGAACAACGACACAAAUUAUACCAAGUAACUGCGAGUGAAGGGGCUUACUCUUGUUCAUUUGAUGCCUUAGAUCAACCAAAAAUUUGUGCAGAUGUCUCUCCUGUUUAUCACGGCCCUUGGGUUGGGGAACUUAGUGACAUGAAUAUUUCGCUCAGCGAUGUCGGACAUAUAGCACCAAUUGAGAUUUUGUUGGGAGCUGAUGUUGUAGGCAAAUUGUAUACAGGGAGGAAAUAUCAGUUACAGUGUGGUCUUGUAGCAGUUGAAACUUUGUUAGGUUGGACUCUUAUGGGCAAGGUGCCGGCAGUUGCUUCUAAUUUCAGAACAUCUAUGAUGUCAAUUUAG